CAAGAAAUAUUCAAAGAAGCUUGAUAAUUUGAAACUUUGUUUCUUACUUUUUCGUCAUUAAAAAAUUGUUAAUAAAUAUUUUAUUAUCAGUUCAUGAUGAAGUACUCGAUCAUAGCAUUUUUUUUAAUAAGUUUUUUUAGUUGCUACAAUUGUCAAUUUAUCAAAAAACUAGAGCAAAAAAAAAAUGAAUUACAGGAUGGUAAUAAUGCUUUUAACUAUAAGUGGUUCAUAAAAAUGGUUGAUAUUAUGCUAGAACAAUUGGAAGGAAAACAAUUAGUAGAUAUGGAUAUUUCACCUGAUGCUCCAUAUAAUGAAUUUAUUGACGAUUUAUUGUAUCAUUCCAAUAUAACUACAGUAACCUGCGUAAAAUUGCUGACUUCUCCUAAUUCUGAUAUUGUUGAUGACAUAGAAAUCGAAGUUGUUAAAAAAGAUGGUAAAUCAUAUGUUAUACAGAUUUCAACAAAUGAUAAUAAGUUGGCUGUGGUAACUAAACAAAUUGCAACUCAAGUAAAAAACCGUAUUUAAUGACUCUUUCACAAUUCACGAAUUCAUUUGAUUUUAUAUAUUAGCUAUUUUAUCGGGAAUAAAAAAUAUUUUUCCUAACUCAA